AUCCCCAAAACAUAAACCGGCCUCUCGCUUCACAGGGGUUUACUGUGGUGGCGAGGAGGGGCUGCACUGGUCGAUAUGCUGCGUGGAUUCUGGCGAAAGAGAGAGAUGCUGUUGCAGGGAGGAGGAGUCCGGCGAAUCUGAGAUUACCGGCGACGGGGAGCUGCGCAAGGAGUGAGAAUUCAGAGCAACCAGGUUAAACCCUUCGAAGCACCUGGGUAAGUUAGGCUUCUCAAGAAGAAGAUGAGCCGCAGUUGACCCUAAAACGAAUACAAUGGAGACUGUAUUUCUUCUUCGCCCAUACUCUACCUUCAACAGAAAACUCCCAAUCAAACCAGUAGCCCAAAGUAGCAGAAGGAAAUCCCUCCCAUCUCAUCCCCUCGCAGCAGCUUUUGCAUCCGACGGUCUACAUCUCACCUGUAAGUUCCCCACUCCCCUCAGACGGUUCCGAUCGUUCGCAUCUCCAAACACCGAUGAUGGACAUCCAACCGUCCACAUGCCAGACUCAUCCCCAAACAUCGCUGUUGAACCAGAAACCAUCCAGCCACUUUUCUCCAAAUGGACUCCCCCCAGAUACCUCUGGAGGGGCCUCUCCGUUCUCAUCCUGGCAGGCCAGGUAAUUAUUCGCACUUUGAAGGGAAAAAUCCACCAAAAGAACACUCUCCAACAGCUCCAACGCGUGGGCCCAAAAUCAACUGGUGUCUGCCUUCUAACUGCAGCCUUUGUUGGCAUGGCCUUUACGAUCCAAUUCGUUAGAGAAUUCACAAGGCUAGGGUUAAAUCAAGCUGUUGGUGGUGUUCUGGCGUUGGCAUUUUCGCGUGAGCUGAGCCCCGUCGUGACAUCAAUCAUAGUUGCUGGUCGCAUAGGCAGCGCAUUCGCUGCGGAAUUAGGUACAAUGCAGGUUUCAGAGCAGACUGACACACUGCGGGUGCUCGGCACAGACCCUGUAGAUUACCUGGUCACACCCAGGGUUAUCGCGUGCUGCAUUGCACUGCCUAUCCUGACGCUGAUGUGUUUCUGCAUUGGGAUGGCUUCGAGUGCGAUCUUGGCAGACGGGGUUUAUGGGGUGAGCAUCAACAUCAUAUUGGAUUCAGCACGGAGGGCAUUGAGGCCAUGGGAUAUAAUCAGUGCAAUGAUCAAGUCGCAGGUGUUUGGUGGGAUUAUUGCGAUUGUGAGUUGUGCGUGGGGGGUUACGACUCUCGGGGGUGCGAAGGGUGUUGGUGAGUCAACAACCACAGCGGUGGUGAUCUCGCUUGUUAGCAUUUUCAUUGCUGAUUUUGCACUCUCAUAUUGGUUUUUUCAGGGUGCAGGGGACACGCUUAAGUAUACUAUGGGUUGAUUUUCAUUUUCUUUAUUGUUUUGUAUCUUUUAGCUUUGUAGUGUUAGAUCCGUGAUGUUACAAAUAGCAAGAUUUAAAUCAAGCAAGCAAAAGAAAAGGCUUUCUGAA